AUUACAUUUUACUAUUUUACAAGUUCUAAUAUCUUAUCGAACUUUUAAGUCAAAAAUUUAAUAUUUCAAAUUUCAACUUCGAAAUAAGCCGCUCAGAGUCCCUCUCCGGCUACAGCAUAUAUACUAUACAGCGACAACAAGUGAGGAAACUUCCUCUUUUAUGUUUUUUAGCAUAACCAUUUUUCACUGCUUCUGGUACUUUCAUGGACGACGAUGAGUACUCAUCUUCUUCUGCUAUCGGAUCUUGUUGCGAUGAUGAUACUCCGCAUUACGCGUUCAGCGGUAAGCUCAUGCUUACCUCUGUUCUCCUUUUCUUCUUCGUGUGUUUUCUCAUUGCCUUCUUCCACCUUUACGCUAAUCGAUUCCUCCUCCGCCGUGCCCGCCGCCACCACAACCGCCGCCGUCGCUACCGCCACCAGAUUCCGGCUCCACCAAUUGCAGAUUCUUCUUCUCAAGGACUUGACCCUUCGCUGUUAAAAUCGCUCCCUGUUUUCGUUUACGAUGCGGAAUUUUACAAUCCACCAAUUGAAUGCCCUGUUUGUUUGGCGGAAUUUGAAAAUGGAGAAACGGGUCGGGUUUUGCCCAAAUGUAAUCAUUGUUUUCACUGUGAGUGUAUUGAUAUGUGGUUUCAGUCUCACUGUAACUGCCCGAUUUGCAGAGCCCCAAUUCAAGUGAAAGCGAUUGAUGUAAAGGAAAGUGGAGAAGAUGAAGUUGUAAUAAUGGUGGAUGAAUCUGUAAUCGAAGAAGUACAAAACUGUGAAUCGUCGCAGUCCGACGAUGGAAAAAUAUCUAUUCGAUGAUUGUUAUUGUUGCGAGUUAUAUGAUCACUCAACUAAUGAAAAUCGCUUCGAUUUCUUUUUUUUUGUGAUGAUGUUUUUAUUGUAUUUCAAUUCCAUUAUAAAAAUAUAAUCUCAAUAUAUAA